CCACCUCUGGCAAGGUCAGGCAUUGGCAGCCAAGUGUCGCGAUUUAUAGACGAGCUCUCAUUUAAGUCGCAGGCAAAUUUACCCAGCGUACACACUCAAAUUAGCCGAAGACGAAGAUGACGGCCAACGGGGAGCCCGGCGCCAGCAGCGAUGAGAACAGCCUGACGACACUGCCCAUACCGGAUAUACGCACCUCGCCCAUGCCCAACGGCAAUGGCAGCCACAAGACCACAAUCGCCAUCGAGAGCCAGCCAAGGCGUCGAGUUAGCAUCAUAUCCGAUCCGCCGACUAUCGCCGCCGGCGCCAGUGCCGCCGGCUAUGACAAUCCCGCGUUCGAGCAGAAUCCCAGGCGCAAAAUAUCGCAGACUUCGACACAUUCGCACAGCGAAAUCGGACCAUCCCGAAGAAGGAGUAUACUGAAAGAAACAUCGCUGCAUAAUAAUGAUAAUGAAAGCGAUCUCGGAUCAACGCACAGCUAUGAAAACUACAGGCAGAGUGCGUUGGAUGUGCUGAAUGGAAAGUACCAGGGGCAUCAGCAGCAGGUGCCGAACUCGCAGGACGGCAAUGGGGCAAAUUAUGUGGAGGACUCGUGGAUCUACACCUUUUGCCUGAAAUGCCGCGGCGAGGAGCCGAGCGAGUCAUGGGAGCCGCCCUUCUGGCAAAAGAUCUUUCCCUAUCCGCUGUGCCCCACCUUCAGGACAUUCUCUCGUCUCAUUGUUCUUAUUCUGAUUGGUCUGCUACUUUGGAUUGUGGCAUUUGUGAUUAUCGGGGACACAGCUGCGCCGGGCGGUCAACUGUUUAGCCUGGUGGUGCUCACCGUGGCCGCCAAUUUCGGUGGCUAUCUGAUAUCGCUGACAACCCUGCCACGUCUGAUUGGCAUGCUGCUAGUGGGCAUACUCUUCCAGAACGUAGGCUGGGUGGAUCUCGACGGCGACUUCUCGAAAGUGACGGCGCAUCUUCGCAAGUUCGCUUUAACCAUAAUCCUGACUCGAGCUGGCCUCGAAAUGGAACCGGAAGCUUUCAAGAAGGUGUACAAGACCAUUCUCAAGCUGGGCAUUGUGCCCUGGUUUGUGGAGGCCGCCAUCAUGACGGUCAUGUCACAUUUUCUGCUCGACUUGCCCUGGAUCUGGGGCUGCAUGCUGGGCGCCAUCAUUGCCGCCAUCUCGCCAGCCGUCGUCGUGCCCUGCCUGUUCCGGCUGCGCACCAAGGGCUAUGGCGUGGUCAAGGGCAUACCCACGCUUGUGGUUGCCGUCGCCGGCGUUGACGACGCUCUCUCUGUGGCCAUCUUUGGCAUUGUCAGCACAAUUAUGUUCUCGGACAAGGGACUGGGCUAUCAGAUUGCCCAGGCGCCGGUCUGCAUACUGGGCGGCCUGGCCUUUGGCGUUAUCUGGGGCUCGUUGGCGCGCAUCUUUCCGGAGAAGGGCGAUGCUUAUGUGGUGCCGCUGCGCACGCUAAUGCUCUUCGCCGGCAACCUGGUGGCCAUCUAUGGCAGCGAGGAGCUAGGCUUCGAAGGCGCCGGGCCCUUGGCCGUCGUCUUCUCAUCCUUCGUAUCGAAUCUGUUCUGGUGCAAGGACGGCUGGGAGGUCGAUGAUAAUCCGGUAUCGACUGCGUUCGAGAUCUUCUGGAUGAUCUUUGAGCCGAUUCUCUUCGGGUUGACCGGCGCCACAAUCAAGAUCAGCGAGCUGGACUCGCACACAGUCUCCAUUGGAGCGGCCUGCAUCUUUACGGGCGUCAUCAUACGCAUCUUUGUCACAGCUGGCAUUGCCUUUGGCGAUCGCCUGAACACCAAAGAGAAGUUCUUUGUCGGCCUCUCCUGGAUGGCCAAGGCAACGGUACAGGCUGCUCUGGGGCCCGUGGCCCUAAAGAAUCUGGGCAACGAUGCCACAGACGAGGAACGCAAAUGGGCUGAAAUUGUGCAGACCAUUUGCGUCUUCAGCAUCGUGCUGACAGCUCCACUGGGCGCCAUUCUGAUAUCCGUGACCGGCACUAGAAUGCUGACCAAGACGAAGCAGCCCCAGGAUCUGACCGGCUGGCGUCGCAGUCAUCGUCCCUCUAUACGCGACAUAAGCAUCAUCGACGAGGAGGAGGAGCGCGAGGAUCCCGAGUUGCCCAGAGACAAGCAAACGGACGACAAUACGCAGAGUAAUGCACAUUUAACAAAUCUAUCAUAUACCGCAAAUAAGUAAAUUCCUAUCUGCGUACUUUGCGUCCUGCUCCAGUUUUUUGUUGGACUAAAAUAUAAUGUUGAUUGUUAUUAUACAGUAUUUAGCAUAGUGGAGUUGCAUUC